AUGUCAGAGUCCAAAGAUCAAUCAACAGACUCCACCAGUUCACCUGGUCUUCAGUCACGUGGGGAGCCUGAACCACCAGGUAUUAAGGAAAGGAUACAUCGAUUUUUCUUUUUAAAAGGAUUGGCAGAUCGACCACCGUAUUUACAAGAGAUCUAUGAUAAUACCCCUCGAACAGUGUUUUACAAUUACGAUUUGCCAGAAUACAUGAUAGAUUCUCAGGGUCGUCCCAUCACUCAAUACCCCCGUAAUAAAAUUAGAACCACUAAAUAUACCCCUAUUACUUUCCUUCCGAAGAAUUUGCUUUUACAAUUCACAAACGUUGCAAACAGUUAUUUUCUUUUGAUUGUUAUUUUAGGGGCAUUCCAGAUCUUUGGUGUCCCCUCUCCAGGUUUGGCAGCAGUCCCUUUGAUAGUUAUUGUAUGUAUUACCGCUAUCAAAGAUGCAGUUGAAGAUUAUAGUCGAGCAGUCAGUGAUGCCGAGUUGAACAAUUCUCCAAUACACUUGUUGACUGGGGUUCAUAAUCCUAAUGUGUUGGUCGACCAGGUAGGACCUUGGAGAAAAUUUAAAAAGGCUUGCUCUCGAGGAACAGCACAUGUCUUCAAAUUUAUCAAAAAAUGCUGCAUUUUCAUUUGUGGAAAUAAACGAAUCAAACAGGAAUAUGCUCGAGAACAAGUUCAAGAAGAUAAUUUGGCACUACACAGAGUGUCAACUGUGGUUUCCGACUACACCUAUCGAUCCCAGGAACCACGAUAUAGUGUUAGUUCUCCGCGAAGAUCUAUGAACAUUAAUCGAAAAUCGAUUCAGUCUUCUCAUCAUAGACCUACUGUUGCAUUACCCAAUUCAUUGUUGAAUCCAGUUUUGAAGAAAGAAAACGCUCAGAACUCAAGUUCUGUUCGAGCUAAUUUCAAGAACAGAUGCUGGAAAGAUGUGAACAUUGGUGACAUAAUUAGAAUCAGAGCCAAUGAAGAAGUCCCUGCCGAUGUCAUUAUUAUUUCUACAUCAGACCUGGAAGGAAACUGUUACAUUGAAACCAAGAAUUUGGAUGGGGAAUCUAACUUGAAAACUCGUACAGCAUUAAAGUGUGGAGGCAAUAAUAAUUUGAAACAUUCUGAUGAUUUAAGUGAUACCAAGUUUUGGGUCGAAUGUGACGCACCAAACGCAAAUUUAUACUCCUUUAAAGGUACAAUCCAUUACGAAAAUUUUGAUUCGAACGGCAACUUAGUCAAUGAGGAUGAAAAAGAAGCCAUAACUCCAGAAAAUGUAUUGUUAAGAGGGUGUACGUUGAGAAAUACAAAGUGGGUUAUUGGGUUUUGUAUAUACACAGGGCCAGAAACCAAAAUCAUGCUUAAUUCUGGAAUUACUCCAACAAAAACAUCCCGUAUCUCACGUGAAUUGAACUUGUCAGUUAUAAUUAAUUUUGUAUUGUUAUUUGUUUUGUGUUUUGUGUCUGGGUUGAUUAACGGGUUAUUUUAUCGGCAUGAUAACAAUUCAAGAGUAUUUUUCGAUUUUCAUCCGUAUGGUAAGACCCCAGCUAUUAAUGGUGUUAUUGCAUUCUGGGUAGCGUUGAUCAUUUACCAGUCCUUGGUGCCUAUUUCCUUGUAUAUUUCCAUUGAAAUCAUCAAAACGAUCCAAGCUUAUUUUAUAUAUGCCGACGUUAAAAUGUAUUAUGAUAGAUUGGAUUUCCCUUGUAUUGCAAAGGCGUGGAAUAUAUCUGAUGACUUGGGUCAAAUUGAAUACGUUUUCAGUGACAAAACUGGAACUUUGACACAAAAUGUAAUGGAAUUCAGAAAAUGUACCAUCAACGGGAAAUCUUAUGGAUUAGCUUAUACAGAAGCACAACAAGGUUUGGAUAAACGUGCUGGUGUUGACGUUAUUGAAGAGGCUAACAAAUGGAAGAUUAAAAUCGCUUCAGACAAGGAAGCAAUGAUGGACGAUUUGCUAAAAUAUUCUAAUAAUGAUCAAUUACGAGAAGAGAAUAUCACUUUUGUUUCGAGCCAGUAUGUGAGGGAUACAUUCUCUGGGGACUCGGGAGAUGAGCAAAAGCAGGCAAAUGAACGAUUUAUGUUUGCUUUGGCGUUGUGUCAUACAGUUAUGACCGAAGAAAAUGAAACUGAUCCUACGUUACGUGAUUUCAAAGCUGAGUCGCCCGACGAAGCAGCCUUAGUGUCUGUGGCUAGAGAUAUGGGUAUUGUUUUCAAAAAGCGCUUGAGAAGUUCUUUGCUUUUAGAAAUAUAUGGACAGGAGCAAGAAUUCCACUUGCUCGAUAUUAUACCAUUCACAUCAGCAAGAAAGCGAAUGUCUUGUGUUAUAAAGACACCAGAGAAUAAGAUCAUUUUAUACACCAAAGGUGCUGAUUCGGUUAUUUUCCAAAGGCUUAACCCUAGCGAGAAUCCAAAUGAGCUUGUGCGCAAAACUGCUCUUUACCUUGAAGAUUUUGCCAACGAAGGUUUGCGUACCUUAUGUAUUGCAUCUAAAGUAUUGGAUCCCCAAGUUUAUGAAAAUUGGAAUAGACGUUAUAGAGAAGCCAGCUCGUCAAUAUCCGAUGAUAGAGAAACAUUAAUGGGUCAAUUAGAAGAGGAGAUUGAGCAAGAUUUGGUAAUGUUAGGUGGUACAGCUAUUGAAGAUAGAUUACAACUUGGAGUUCCACAGUCAAUAUCUAUUUUGAGUGACGCCGGUAUUAAAUUGUGGGUUUUGACAGGGGAUAGAGUUGAAACAGCUAUUAAUAUUGGGUUUUCGUGUAACUUGCUAGAGAAUGACAUGAAACUAUUGGUUGUACGACCUGAAUCAAAUGACACCGAAGAUUGUGAACAAAUUGAUGCCUUGAUUACCAAGUAUUUACAAGAAGAAUUCCACAUUGAUGCCAGUUCUCCAAGUUCAGUGGCCGAUGCCAUAAAACAGGCUAGAAAAGAUCAUUCAAUCCCACAAGCAAAAGUUGCUUUGGUUAUUGAUGGAGCUGCCUUGUCUUUGAUUUUCCAAGAUUUGAAAGACCGCCCUAAUGACACCAUAAGGGUAUUACAGGAUAAGUUUUUGUUGUUGGGAAAACAAUGUCGAUCAGUACUUUGUUGUCGUGUUUCGCCUGCUCAAAAGGCUCAAGUUGUAAAAUUGGUCAAGACUGGGUUGCAAGUAAUGACAUUGGCUAUUGGUGAUGGUGCCAACGAUGUUGCCAUGAUACAAGCAGCUAAUGUCGGCGUCGGGAUUGCCGGUGAAGAAGGGAGACAAGCUGUUAUGUCGUCGGAUUAUGCGAUAGGGCAAUUCAGAUUCUUGACACGUUUGCUUUUGGUCCAUGGAAGAUGGUCUUAUAAAAGAUUAGCCGAAAUGAUCCCCUGUUUUUUCUACAAAAAUGUUGUUUUCACAUUAACAUGCUUUUGGUAUGGUAUCUACAAUAAUUUUGAUGGGUCAUACCUUUACGAAUACACAUAUUUAAUGUUUUAUAACUUGGCGUUUACUUCCUUGCCAGUUAUUGUGUUGGCGGUGUUUGACCAAGAUGUGUCCGAUACCAUUUCUUUGUUAGUUCCUCAAUUGUACACUAGUGGUAUUUUGGGUAAAGACUGGUCGCAAUACAAGUUUGUAUGGUACAUGUUUGAUGGGCUUUACCAAUCAGUAAUCUCAUUUUUCUUCCCAUAUUUAUUGUUUUAUGUUGCAUUCCAAAAUCCUCAGGGAAUGACAAUUGACCAUAGAUUCUAUAUUGGUGUUGUUGCCGCAUGUAUUGCUGUCACUGCAUGUGACAUCUAUGUUUUGAUGCAACAAUACCGCUGGGAUUGGUUAUCGGUGUUGAUUGACUGUAUUUCCAUAUUGUUGGUUUAUUUCUGGACUGGUGUAUGGAGUGUCAACCCUAAUUAUUCAGGUGAGUUUUACCGUGCUGGUGCGCAAACUUUGGGCACUUUAGGUGUUUGGUGUUGUAUUUUCGUUGGUAUUAUUGGAUGUUUACUUCCUCGAUUCACAUUUGAUUUUUUCACCCUGAACUUCAGGCCAGCCGACGUGGAUAUUAUUAGAGAAAGAGUAAGACAGGGCGCAUAUGAUGACUAUCCAUUAGGAUAUGAUCCAACUGAUGCAGAAGACGUUGAGAGGCACAGAUUGUUAACAGAGAUUAUUAACAAGGAUCCCCAAUUGUUUGAAAAGAUGGAAAAUGAAUAUAAAGAAGAAGAACACGAUAAAGAAACACCAUUAGAAAGAACUUUCAAGUCUAUAAAGAGACGUACUACUAUACUGAGGUCCAAAAAGGGAACUGCACAGAGAUUGAGAAGAGAUACAAUCAAUGAUCAAUUUCAAAAACAAAUUCCUCUUGAUGAAUUACGACAACAGAUGAUCAAGGAAGGUGAAUAUACAUCGGCAAGAUACUCGUUGGACAGAAUAAAUACUACACAUGAGAUUCCUGGAGUAACACAAGCUGACACACUAUUGAAGUACCACACAAGAAAUAGUGUAGCUUUGAAUUCUUAA